AUGUCAUCUAGAAUACCUACAUUAAAAAGAUCCAGUACUAUAAAAAAAAUCAUGGUUAAUAGUAGUUUUUGUACAAAAAAUACCUCUAGAAAUGAGAAUAUAAGAGGAGAUAGUUUUACUAACAGUAAUAAUACCAUAAAUACGAGGAUAUAUAUUAAAAAUGACUCAUGUACAAGUUUAAGAAGUCCACUAACAUCAAAUGCAAAUGUGAGUUUUGGAACUAGCCAUGAUACAGAUAGUAAGCUGAAUAAGAGUAUAUAUUUGAAAGAAAAUAGAGAUAAUAAUCAAGAAGUAAAGACAAAAGUAGAAUUGGUAUCUAAGGAGAAAACGACAAAGCUACCUAGGGUUGCCCUAAUGACCAGAGGCCCAAAAAAGUUAGCAGCUAAUAAAGAAAUUAAUGAUAAAAGUGAAAUGCAAACUAUUAGUUCAGAGUUAAAAAGUUUAAAUAAUAUUUCUAAGUCUAUUACAAAAAAAGUUAAUAAAGCUUCAACUAACUCAUUAAAUAGUAAAUGCAGCUUGAAAUUACCCAAGUCAUCAAAAAUAGCUCAUAAUAAUCCACCUUUAGGUAUUCGUCAAAAAAAUUUAAUUCGUGAAAGAGAAGAAAAACUUUCUAGAUCUAAGAAACUGUUGGAAGAAAGAGAACAUAGUUAUAGAGAAGAAUUAAUGCUGGUUAAAACAACUAACUCUGAACUUUUAUUAGCUGAAGAGAAUUUCCAAGAACAGAAGAAAAUACUUAAAGAAGAAAAAUUGAAAUUAGAAAAACAAAAACAACAAUAUAGUGAAUAUGAAAUUGGGAGUAUGAAUGAAAUGGAGAAAAAAUUAGCAAUAAUUCAAAGUCUUGAAGAAGGGCUACACAAAACAAAGAUAUCUAAUAAGGAAUUUUCUGAUAAAAUUGAAGAAAUUAAACAUGAAAUAAAAUUUUUGAAUUCCGAGAUUUUAGCAUGUGAAAAGUCGAUUCAAUUAUGUAAACUUGAUAAUAAGGGAGGAGGAAAAUUGGUAGAUAAAUUAAAAUAUCCUUUUAAGAAAUCUAUAAAGUAUACUCUGGAAUUAGAAAAAUCAUUCUUAAAUGAUAAAUUAAUAAUAAAUCAGCUGCAAUAUAGAAUUCAUAAAUAUAAAAAACAACCAAGAUACGUUUGCAGGAUUUAUUCACAAGAAAUCCCAACAACGGCUAAAAUAUUUAUAUCAAUCCCAAAUGCUCCGAAUGAAAUAAAUUCUGAGAGUAGAGAAGAUGUAAAAUUUAUAGAUAGUAAUGAAGAACAAAUAUUAGAAAGAAAAUUUCCCUACUUUACUUAUUCUGCACAAGAUCAAUGCAUUAAUAUUAGUAAUAGAGAUAUUUCAAUAAAUAUCGAUAAAGUUGUAAAUUUUGAUGAAACUAGUCGUCCAACAUCUCUACUCAUGACAGAUUUAGAUACUAUUCAAGAUUUGCUUACUAAUACAAUUGAAGGGUUUUAUUUAAAUGAUGAUGAAACUUUAAGUAUGGAUAUUGGACUUUCUCAAGAGGAAUUUCCAUUUGUACAAGAAAGAAAAACAAAAAGUUCAAUGUUAAGGAGGCAAUCUUUACUUCAUACAACUGCACUAAAUAAUUUAGAUGAGUUUGAACAUUCUAAGGAUAAAAUAGAAAUUCUUAAAUUAGAAAUUCCUAAUCAAAAUUAUGGUAUAAAUUUGAACUCUAAAGAAAACAUCAACCAACUUUAUUGUGUAGAUUUAAAUGAACAGAAAGAUAUUGAAAUGGAUAUUUUAUUAAUGGUGAAUGAUAUAUUUAAUGCUAUCAGAUUAAAUUUGGGUGACAAAUCUUAUAUAACUAAAGAUACUAAUCAAACGAAAAUUGAUAUAGAAUCUAUUUGUUUUAUCAACAUUGGGGGAAAUAAUACAGCUUCUCGUCUUACAUUUUGGGGUAAAAAAGAAAGUAGAUGUAUUAGUAAUAUAUCAAAUAAAAGCAACUCUAAGAACUUCUUACUUUUCAAUAAUUGUCCUGAUAAUUCUAUAGAGAUGCCAGGGAUACUACAUUCUGUUAUUCAUCAACUAUUUCAAAAUAUGAGAUCUAUAAGUUUUAUUAAAUGGGGAUUACAGCUUGAUUUAGGUAUUCAACCAAUUAUAAAUUAUAAAUUGGAUAUUUCCAGUGAAAUAUUCACCACUGGUGAUAAUUCUCAAAAUGCGUUAUUACUUAAUAAUUAUAUAAGAUCUCACCAGUCUAACAAUAUAUUACAAGAAACAAAACAUAGUUCUCCUAUAAAAUUUCCUGGAGGUUUAUCAGGUCAUACUCAUCUUGAACAUAUUUAUAAUAAAUUAGAUGAGUAUGAUAUUAAUUCAGAAUAUGAUGAAUACUCUCGAGAAGAAAAGACCUCUUUUUUAAAAUUAUCUACUAGAUCUUUUGACAAUCCGGAUGAAUUGUUAAACUACAUAUAUGAUUCCAUUAAUAAAUUGGAUUUUAAUUAUCUUGCUGAACUUGAUGUAGCUUCAGGAUCAAUUUCUAAUUCUAAAAAGGAAUCUCACAUAAAUUGUAAUAUAUUAUCUUCUGACUCUAUUGAAGAUGGAUGUGAUCCAGCAAUAAAAAAAUCAUUUCAUAUUGUUUUAAAUUUUAAAUUAAUCGCUACAUUAGAAGAUAAAGAAUUGAAAGUUAAUUUUACGAUGUUGGAUCUUAGUGCCUCUGACCAAGAUGAAAUAGAUAAUGAUAUACAGAGUACUUUAGAUUUAUUAAAUGGAAGAUAUUCUAAGAGUUCAAUUACUGAUUUUAUAUCAGAUUUAUUUAUACAAGAAGGACAGUUUCAACUACCACUCACUUAUGUCUUAUUUCAUUCACUAAAGGUAUAG